AUGUCGUCGCUGUGCAGGCUUGCCUCACGCGCCGUCUCCAAAAAGACACCUUACCCUUCUUUUUGUCCAGGGAGCUCUAGGUUGCUGGCCACUGCUCCUGCAUAUCCAAGCCAUAUUCCCCUCACUUGGUUCGAAAAUACCUUCUUGCUUGUCGGUGCUGGGCUCAUGACGCUGGCUGAUCCACGUCGUGGUGACUUGGUCGCGGUAGUCGGAGAAACGUCUGCCGGCCCAUCUCUUCGUCGUCUACGUGACAUCAUGCUUGAAAGUUCAGAGGGGAGAAGGAUCCUCAAACAGCGACCACGCAUCAAUACAACGACUUUGGAUAUGAACAAUCUGGCGCAGCUUCCAGAAGGAACCUUUGGUCGUGCUUAUACUAGUUGGUUGGAACGUUGUCGGGUGACACCUGAUACAAGGGCUCCAGUUCACUACAUUGACGAUCCUGAAUUGGCAUAUGUGAUGCAGCGAUAUCGCGAAUGUCAUGACUUCUAUCACUGCAUCUGCAAUAUGCCUGUCAAUGUGGAAUCUGAGCUUGCUAUCAAGUAUUUCGAAUUAGCAAAUCUUGGCCUUCCCAUGGCCGGUUUUUCUGCGGCUCUCUACCCUUGGCGCUUGAAUAGCGCGAAACGGCACAAGGUAUUCUCAGAGUACGCCCCUUGGGCCCUGAAGUGUGGCAGUAGCGCGAGGAGUCUCAUCACUGUUUUCUGGGAGGAGCGCUGGGAUCAAAAUGUUGAGGAGAUGAAAACAGAGUUUGGAAUCUGGGAUGGCCCUCCGGCGAAGUGGCCCAAGCCGUUGAAAGGGACGGGUGAAAAGCAAGCACGGACAGAGGUCGUUGAGAAAUCCCUUUCCUCAGAUGUGUAG